UGUUGCCUCCGUUCUUCGACGUCAUACUCGAGAAGUUAGUGCGGAAACGAUACGAAGAAAUGGCGGAUUCAGCGGUGAAAAGUCGGAUUACUUCGAGUGAGAUCCGAAUCCGAAACGGAAAAGACGAAGAAAUUAUUAUAUCAGAAGCUGAGUUAAACAAAGUCCUGAACAGGCAAUUGCAACAUCAUAUUAUAUAUUUUGAAAAUUCGAAACUACUGCUUAUGCCUUUUCCAAUCCUGAUCAUCUCACAAUUCGUUACUUAUUUACAGACGGACGAUCCCGGAUUGACCUCUUUUACACACGCGUUCGAUCUGUAUAAAUUGAGUUUAAGAUACGAGUUAGACGAUUUAAGAAAGAAAUGCAGAUUAUUUAUUAUUCGGCAAAUAAACCUGAAUACCGUCUGUGCAAUCCACGAUUUUGCACGUGAGAUCGAUGAUCUAACCAUAGUUUAUUAUUGCUGGAUAGCUUUCAACCAACACGGAGAAAGACUAUUUAAGACAGUCGACUUUAUGUGCUGUAAAAUCGCAACAAUUGAUAGACUGCUAUCUCGAGCGAUAUAUGAAUCUGUCAGUGAAUCGCUUUUACUACACGCCGUGUAUAAGUGGAGCAAAGAAGAAGUUAAAAGAAAAUUGGGUGCAGACAACUUCCAUUCGAUGUAUGAAGAAACGAAAAGAAACGUAAUAAGAAAUGUAAUGGAGCCAUUUAUUGGAAAAGUCAGAUUUCUUGCCAUGAAUGAAGAAGAAUUGCAAUCUUUUGUUUUUAAAAUGAACUUGUUAAGCCAAGUAGAAAAGAGUCACAUCUGGCAUGCUUUUAAGUAUAAUUAUUAUUCCUUGUAUCCCAGUUACUUCAGUUGUGAAACAAAAACCAGAAGCGGAAUGAAUUAUCGUAACUUGUUCUCGUACAUAAAUCGUGGAGAUCCUCUUAUGGUCGCAAGCAGAGAGAUGAAAGAUUACAUAUUUUUUAGCAGCGAAGUAGUUGUGAGGGAAGAUUGUUACAUCACGGUUUUUCGAUUUCCAAUGAAGCUUGGCGAAAGUUUUCCAAUGUACGUAUACGCGUAUAUUAACAAUGUGGAUAAUGAGUGUUUUUCGUUUGAAACCGUUUGUAAUCCACGGGGAGUAGCAAAUCUGCAAACGAAGUUGUAUCUAGAGAAAAAUUGGUCAAUUCGUUUCUUUGCUUUCUUUCUCCGCGCUGAAAAUGUCCAACCCGAUAUGGAGUUUUCACCUGAACUGAGUUACUUUGUUAGCGACGAAGGAACAGAUGCAAGGAAAUUUGAGGAAAAAAUUCUAACCUGUGACAGAACCGUUAUGAAAAAUAUUUACUUUUUGGUUGAUUUAUAUUUUUGAAGUCAAAAGUUUUUCUGGAGUAAAGCGAAAUCUAAACGAGAACAUCAAGUUAAAUUCGAAUAUGAUUAUUUCUUAUUAUAUCACUGUAAACUUUUAAUAAAAUGUGUGUGUACGUGAACAGCAUAAUGAAUUUAUUGUUUUUACAAAAAAAAAAAAUUUAAUUUAAAGUGCUUAUUAAUGUAAUUUUUCUUUUCUAUAUGUAUUUUGUCAUUUAUCGAGUUGUUUUUAAUUCAAAAUUUAGUAUUUGCAAAUAUAUCAUCAUUAAGAACGUUUAUAAUUGUCAGCAUUUGAAUGAUAAUUUCGUGCCUGAUUUCAUGUUUUUAUUAAAGUGGAUGUUUGAGAAAUAAAUAUAAUUAGAAUGUUACCGCAUUAAUCUUUUCUUUCUUCAUGUUAAUGACGAUAGAAAUAUGAAAAGUUAAGAAGAAUUUUCGUCUAAAUGUAAGAGCUAUUCGAUAUCCACAUUUGAUUACAAAAAAUUAAACAAUAGCAAUAAAAAAUCCUGUUAGGUAUUUUUAUGUAAAUUUUAGAUACAGAUAAUAAAUUUUCAAUUUAUAAA